AACCCCAAACCCUCCCCCAAUCCUCUAAGCUACUGCAAGGUCGUGCCAACCAGCAAGGUGUCGACGGUAUUCCUUGGAGCACGUCAGUGGAGUCUGCGCUUCACUUCCUCCCCAGGCUUUCCGACAGUGGCGAUGAUGGAUGGACUGAGGAGAACAUGGCUGAACUGGAGAAAGAACUGGGGUUGGCUUUGGAAGAGCAGCAAGUGAAGUCAUCAUCGACCGGCGCACCUACUUCUCCAAGUCCUCGCUUGGUCGAGGCACCACAGGACGAGACCCGGAGUCGAGAAAUCAGCGAAACCACCGGUAGCAGAUCAGAAGAGCUGCAAGAUGCUUGUCGACGUGGUACCCCAGCUCAGGACCUUGAGAAGUGGGAGCAGCAGGAGACUGAGGUGGUAGUAGAAGGGGGAGCCGUAGCGAUGCAGCAGCAGGAAGAGCUUGCAGCACAGAAGAAAGAGCUCGGGCACUCAGCUGUGGGUGAUCAGCAGGACUUGGUCAAGGUUGUUGGGGACGACACUGAAGACAAGGAAGCCACCGAGGCUCUGCCAGCCGCGCAACCCAAGAUCCCCGAGAUCGACGAGCACCGUUUUCGACUACGUGGGGUACGAGCUCGGCAGCUUGCUGGACGCCAGACAAAAACAACCCAGUACCGAGUUGUUUGGGGCGAACAUCCAAACAGGUCGGAUUCUUGGUUGAACGAAGACGACGUACAGAUAUCGAUGCCAUGGCCGACUUGCGAACUAUCCUCUCAAAACUUGGCUCUACGGACAGAUAUGGACAUUUUCCGAGUUCACGGCAUGCGCUCUAGCCUGCACAAAGGCAGAAAAUUAUUCGAGUACCUGGUCGAUGCGUUCGAUCUCGAUAACCGCGCCUGGAUCACUGAAGAUCAAUUGAGAAUCUCACUCAGCCCUAUGUUAGUCGCUCAGCUUAAAGCGUCUUCUCCCCAUCCCUUGAGCCAAGUACAGCGUGAGGUUCUUCUCAGCCAUUCAGCAACUCCGAUCAGAGACGAGCACUGCCAUACGUCACGAGCUUCUCGAAGCUCCUCUGCCACAGCUGACCCGGCGCUGGAGCCUGCGACGCGGAAGCGACGGCACCAAGACGCGCAUACAGAGAUCAGCAGCGACACCCACCAUUCCGCGAACACCGAUAGUAAUCACAACGCCUGCGAUACAAGCGACGAGGACCCACGACCCGCAAAGAGACGAAAGCCACGCUCAGUGCGUGCCGUGACUCCAACCACCUCCCGAGGGCACACCCCAGAGCUCCACGUCGGACAGCCUGGCCCCCUUGUGGCGUUGUCGACCGCCACACCUGAGAUUGACGACGCGCAGCCUCAGGUCGAUCACGAAUGUCUGUCGACCUUCGUCGAUAAUAACCACCAACAUGCCUCGCGAACUUCUCGAAGCCCGUCUGUGGCAUCAGAGGCAGUACCAGUUGCUGAGUAUCGGGAAUGGCCCUUCCAAGGCUUCCUCAAACGCACCAGGAUCGGGGAUGAUGUGACGUAUAAUCUUGAGUUCAAACUACCAUCGAUCUCGGAACACCUUCACUUACCGAUUGAUUCCAAAGCAUUGGAUAUCUGUUCUAGCAAGGAGGCGCCGGCAAAGGCUUCGACCCAUCACGACGCUGCUGCACAUUCCAAGAUACACCAAGCACCAUUGAAGCCAAAGAAGAGCAAGGUUUCAUGGAUAGAAGACGAUAUAAAGCUGGUCCAGAUGUGGAACGAAGGCCGUUCGUGGGAAUACAUCUUUGCUGCCCUCCCUAACCGGAGUGAAGGGUCCAUCCGGGUGCGCUGUUCGACAAAAUUCAAAAAGCGACCUCGUAUAGGGGCCGGUCGUUCUUGAAACGGAGGAGGAUCCACUGCUUCAUUCACGUUGGGGCUCUUGUUUUGGAGAAGGUCGAACCGUCAAACAGCGGCGAUGACGAUUCAAGUGAUGGAGGUUCUUGCAAGGCCGAGCGGGCCCGUUCGAGCACGAACAAGCAGGAGCCGAUGGUCAGACCUGGACGAGCAGUGCUUGCU